AUGCGCAUCCGCGAGAGCCUCCUCAGCAAUGAGGCCAAGUCGUUUCGGCGGCGCAACCCACGCAUCUCAAGGUCACUGACAUCCAGGCUGGCGCCAGCUAUUGGGUCGAGUUUGGCAGGCUUCUUUCUCGCCGUCUAUCCUGGAGACCAGUUGCGUAUCACCAUGGCGAUAUACAUCUUCACGCGAGCACUAGAGUUUGGGCACAAUUACCUGGAGGAGCUUGGCUACUUCAAGAACAGACCCCAUUGGUUUGGGAGCUGGUUGUUGAUGCCAGUCGCUUGCGGACAACUGCUUCACGCUUUUGUCUUUGAUCGUGACUGCUUCCCCGCUGGCAUUGGCAACUACAUCAUGGGCAACUCCCCCGAGUAUAUUCAAACCCGGCCCGCCGACUAUCCCAGCAGUCUGAAGUGGCCAGACACGUACGAAAUCGUCGACAGCCUGGCUGAAAUCUCCAGACAACGAUGGCCACCCUUUGUCUCUCCCAUACUGUUUCCCAACAGCGAAACCCUCCCACGGGACUUGGCUUCAAUAACAGCAAUCACCUCGCCUGCCCACCCUGCCAUCAAGUCAUUAUCCUGCGCACUUCUUCACCCACAGGACCCUUCUUGCUUGCGCACCUAUGUCCAAUACUGGAUCCAGGCAUUCCCCAAAGUCGCCCGCUUCUUUACCAUGUUCUUCGCCGUCAUGAGCAUCACAAAAUACAAGGCCUUUCUCAACUCCCCACUCACCUCUCUCAACAACCUAGCCAAGCGCGUUCUGCGCAUGUCGCUUUUCAUCUCCGGUUCCAUCGGUACGAGCUGGGGUUCCAUUUGCCUGUUUCAAAACUUCUUCCCCCGCACCUUGCUCACCACGCAGCGCUGGUUCCUCGGCGGCUUCCUCGGCGGUCUGUGGUCCUAUCUCGAACGCAAGGGCGGUCGGUCGAAUUUCUUGUACUGCUCGCGCAUGUCUGUUGAUUCUUUGUGGAAGGUUGGUGUCAAGCGGGGCUGGUGGAAGGGCGUCCGGAAUGGAGAUGUCUUGCUCUUUGUCCUGAGUCUGGCUACGGUUAACGUGCUGUAUGAGAUUGCGCCUCGCUCGGUGAAUAGCGGUGUUGCGCGCAAGGGGUUGGGCGUGUUGAGGGGAGAGGGCUGGGUUGAUAGGGCGGUUGUUGUAGGGGGGGAGAAGGGGAAGGAUGGGACUGGUCAGAAGUAA